AUGUCUAGACGAGACAUCUUGGAAGUCACCCACUUUUUCCCAUCUGAGACUCACGACGCUAUCCCGGUUGCUGCUCGAACUCUCGAAAAGCUCAAACGCUUGACCGGCCGUGGGUCAGGUAACAGCCUUAGACCCGAAGAGGUCACUGCACUUCCGGCAAUAUCAGCUCUACUAGCUUGUGAAGUAGUCCAAAGCAAGGACCUCGAUGAGAACUCUGCUCAGAAACUGUCGCACACAACCAAGCAGUACUUUCGCUCCGCCCUAUCUAAGGCCAGCCAACUCCUCCAAGAAAAUGCCGAGGUUUCUCCUUCUCGCUCCUCUUCCAAAAGACGCUCUGUCACCAACUCCACUUCCCCUGCGCCGUCACCUUCCCCUUCCAAUGUAUUGACUGGCGAACAAGUCAUAGCUGCCAUCACUCCGAGAAAGACAAAGCAGCUCUACGACUCUAGGCGUUCCCAAUCACUUCUUACACCUUCACAAUUCCUGAACACACCCGACAAGGCCAGUCCCCUGAGGCAGAGUCAUGUGCGUAUACCGUCCGCCCAGCAGAUGGAGGGCAGCCCGUCCAAGAGCGGUGCAGGAGCAGAUGUAGAAAGGACCCCGACAAAGAAAGUGAAAUACAGCAAUCCGGGCAUCGACCUGGAGCACCCUCCUGCGUCCUACACUCGGUCUGGAAAGAGGAAGGGCGAGUCGACAGACGCUUUCUUCUCCACUAUGGCGACUACACCUGCUGGGCUGAAGCUAGCUGCAAAGGGGAGUCGAGGUGUUGAUAGCGAAGAUGGGAUGAUGGGUGCCGAUUGGCUCAAGCGGCCCACGUCUCCGAAGAAGGCGAGAACAAGCAGGGAGAAGGGGAGCAGGGACAAGAAGAGGAGAAAAGUUGACUGGACCUUUCAAGAACGAAACGAGAACGAGGUUUCACGAAACGACCUAGAUGAUGUACGUCACACCAAAGAAACUCAUUUACUGCUCGGUAACUGA